AUGCCGCUCAUCUGCAUCGGCCCCGUCUGCGUCCCGAUCAGCGCGCUGCUGCCGAUUCUCGCGUACCUCGCGCGGCCGGUCUGGAGGCGGCUUCCGCCCCCGACGCAGCAGGCCAUCCUCGCGUACUGGAAGGCGUUUGCAGAGUGGACGCAGGCAAACGUGCCGGUCGUGGUCGACUUCACCGCCACGUGGUGCGGCCCGUGCCAGAGGAUCAAGCCCUUCUUCGAGGAGCUGGCGGCGGCGCACAAGGGGGCGCUCUUCGUAAAGGUUGACGUCGACGAGCUCGAGUCUGUCUCGCAGGCCGCCGAGGUGCUCGCGAUGCCGACCUUCCAGGUGUAUCGCGAGGGCCGGCGCGUCGACACCCUAGCCUCCCGACGCGGUGGUGUCGAAGCCACCCUCGAGUCUCUGAGCAGCCGGCCCUCGCCGAUGAUAGGCGCGCGAAUGGAAGCGCUCAAGGCGAUGGUCGAGUCUGCGGUCGGAGCGUGA